UUCCACUCAUUAAUGGCGGGGAUCGUUUCUUCCCCUCUAUCCCCACGUGAUUAUUUACCAUUCCCGCCGCUCCUAGAAAUGUUUCCCCAAACCCGUGAAUAAAAAUUACUGAGCACCUCAAUGACGACCACGAGAAUCCCAAUUGAUGGACUAUGGCGUUGUCUUUGUCCCUCAAUCGAUACCUUCAUUUUGGCGCGCCCUGUUGCAUUAAAUCAAUUACCCCAAAAAUUCUUAAUCCGUCCUUUGGUUAAGAAUAAAAAGCUCCCAACAUGUUUAAAAAGUCGAUCCUUUCAUACCACCACAGCUUCACCGUCUGUGUUAAAUGGCCAACAUAUAUCGAGAUCGCGGCAUAACAAAGCAAAGAUGAAUAUACCAAAACCUUUGAAUUUGGAGAAAUCAAGUACUGAUAGGAUUCACGAACGAUUGAGAGAAUUGAAGACGGAAGAAGGGGCAUUUGCAGAAGUUGCAAAGGUGGUAGAAUACUUGGUGAAGGUUCGACAGGAAAAGCCUUCAUUGAUACAUUAUGAUGCCUUGAUUGCAGCAAAUGCGGAUGCGGAAAAUGGCAGUGUAGAAGUUGUUAGGACUUUGUUGGGUGAGAUGAAGGGAUUGGGCAUUGGUGCUGAUUCAGGACUUUAUCAUACAGUCUUACAAGUAUGUAUACUUUUCCCGCACAUAUUUGGAUAAGAUCACUGACAGAUUCCUAAACAGGUACUUGCGAUUCAUCCAGACUACCUUUUACGAACUCAAAUAUUAGAGGAAAUGAAGGAACGUUGGUAUGGUUUAUCUCCUGCCGGAUGGCAUAAUUUAGUCAUUGGUUUACUUCGCGAUCGUCAAUAUGAGAUGGCUAUGGAUAAGUUCGAACAAAUGCAAGCAGAUCAAAUCGCAAUAGAGCCAUGGCUAUACGAUAUUUUCUUCUUUCGGUUAUGUGAAUUGGAUGAGUUGGAUGAAGCUCUUAGACUAUUGAAGUCUCGAUAUCACAAACCACCUUUAUCAAUGCAUAUGCAUUAUCACUUGUUGGAUUCAUUUGCUAGUGCAUUUCAUGUAAGCAAAAAUGUUAUGAUAUUUAUUUCUAAUGUUGACUUGUGAUUAAUUAGUAUGAGGGUACCACUUAUAUUUGGAGACUUCUAGUCGAAACUUCGGAAAUGAAUCCCGCGGAUGGAACUUGUACAGCCGUAUUAAAUUGUGCUGCUCGUCAUGCAGACCCAAACCUAGCUACUUCCGCUAUUGGUCUUCUCUCCAAACGUAGCACUGUUCUCGGGGUUCAUCAUUAUGAAGCUCUUCUUGAAGCAUAUGUCGGAGUUGAAGAUAUCAAAACUUCUUUCCGAAUUCUAAACAUCAUGACCAAAGCCGGUCUCACACCAGACGCACAUUCCACACGAUCAUUAUACCUCUACUUAACAACAUCAUCAUUCAAUGCCCUUGAUGGCUGGAAAAUUCUCAGAUCGUUAAAGGAAGAUGGAUAUACCAUCCCAGUUGCAGCAGUAAACGUUGUUUUAGAAGCCAUCAUUGAGACUUACAACUUAAGUCACAGCAGAGAACACGCAAUAAAUUACUACAAAGAACUCCACACAAUCUGUGAUGCCGGUCCAAAUAUCGAAACCUUUAAUACACUUCUCCGAGGUCUAGCUCACCAUGCCCGAGGUUCCAAACCCAAAGCCAUGUUCCUCGCCUCUGAAAUUCAAGCGUUAAAUCUUCAACCGGAUGAACUUACUUACGAUCGUCUCAUUCUUAUCUGCUUGCAACCUGAAAAUGCGGAUUUCGAUGAUUGUUUUAGGUAUCUGGAGGAAAUGAUGAUAGUAGGAAGAGAUAAGGUUGAUUCGGAGGGAAGAAGAGGUUGGUGGAUGAGACCUGGUACAGCGGUUGCAUUGGUGAAGAGAUGUGUUGAGAGUGCGAAUGAUAGGGCAUGGCAGCUUAUGGAGGAUAUGAAGAUUAGGGGAAUGGUUAAUGAGUAUACAAAGUUAAAUGUUUGGACGGAUUUACAUUGGCCGAAGGAGGGGGGAAGAUUGUCUGUUCAGGGGAACGGGUUGGGAGAUGGAUUGAAGAAAAGGGAUGGAGGGGGUGGAAGUAGGAAGGUUAAGACAAUUCUUGAUACUGCUUCUUUGGGGGAAAGUUCAACAUCUUCGUUUUGAUAUGUUGAUCUGGAAUAAUACGAAAAUUUUGAGAAUCUUCCAUUUAUAUAGAAAUGACAAAUUCGCUCACAAUA